CUACGAUAGUAAAUGUACGUUUUAUACCACCUGUUAGCCUUCGUGGCGGCAGAAAUGAUAAAAAUUAUACCUGUGUGCGAUGCAGAGUGCCAGAAAAAUAUGUUGCUCGCCAAAUACUACCCCGCACCAAAUACGCUCAGUGAUGCGAGUUAUUGCGUGCGUGGCGUGGACGUGAGGAACAACAAGAACUGUGUGGUGGGUGUAAGGGGCGUGGUUGCUCAACCUGGCAUUGUAAAACCGAGCGAAGUACCGGUCAAUCCUCCGCCAGGUGAUGUUAUUGUUUCCACGUACUACAAGACCGUAACAGUCAAUCCUUCGAUGGCAACACCAGCUGUCGCCGUUUCAGCAAGCGUAAAGCCAAGUCAAGUCGUUUACCACUCAAAGAACGUUACAAGUUCGGUUCCAGCCGCCAAGAUUUUGCCUGAAAAGGCACCACCUGUGAUGAGAAAUGCCACCGUGCCUGCUGUUGCACCGUCUGUCCCUGUACCAACACCUAUACCCGUCGCCAAGAGGCCGGCAUCUCCAACAAUACCACCCAGAGCCGUGAUAGCGAGGCCUAAGAUGACGGUCACUCAACCUCCGCUACUAAUAGACAGACCCGCUGUGCAAAAAGUUACCGUUUCGCAGCCUCCUAUAGUGAUUAACAGGCCGGUGGUGCAGACCGUUACGGUGGCGCAACCGCCUGCAACCGUGAGCUCGGUGUGGACCGUUACGGUGGCACAACCGCCUGCAACCGUGAGCUCGGUACAGACCGUUACGGUGGCACAACCGCCUGCAACCGUGAGCUCGGUGCACACCGUCACGGUAACUGUUGCGGCACCACCGCCACCGACACAAACCGUCACCAAGGAAAUACGUGUAGAGAGCAUGCCAGGAACAACGGCAACUACUGUGAAGCAGCCGGAGGGCAAGAAGCCAACUGUAGAAAUUAGCACACCCAUCUCGUCCACGGUCAACAUCAAGAAGCCGGAUGCUAAAUCUACGCCCAAGCAAGAGCCCAUUCCGGUAUACUCCGCCUAUCCACCAGAUUACUCAAAUUAUUACGCAUAUUACGGGUAUGCAGACCCGCGUACCUACUAUCCUUACGAUAACAGGUACGGAUACUACGGAAAUUACUAUCCACCGGUCUACUCCCCCCCGGGCUCACAAGUGAAAGUGAGCAAAGAGAACGAGCGAGUGAACGACAAGGAGGAGAUAUCGAAGUACAAGAUUGUGAAGAGUGUCGACCCUGCACAGGCUAAAUCGAUAAUUAAGGCACAGAAUGAGAAAAAUCGUGGAUCGGGCACAAACAAGGAGAAUGGAACGGAUAGACCAAACAAUGGUAAGAAAAAAACUGCAAUGGAUGAAAACCACGGUUUGUACGAUACUCAUGAGCCUUCGCCAGACGUGGAUGUGACCGAUAACAGUUUGUUGGACCCUUCAUAUGCGCCGAGGAUGUACCAGAAAAACUGGGACUCCGAUGACGGAGCUAAUGAUGCUGCACACACAAAUAAAGCAAAGCAAAAGAAGCACAGGAAAUCAAAACAUCACAAGAAUGGCCACAAUCACAAGAAAAAGGGCUCACAUGGUUCAGAGGACAGUUCACACAGACGAGACAGGAAUGCUGUGCCAUCAAAUAUCAAUGAGAAUCCGUUUGACAAGGAGGAUUUCAAAUACGUAGCUGACUUCGGAGAUGAAUACAACGAUAAUCUGCCCAAAGAGAUACACGAAAGGCAACCGCAUGUGAAUGAACCGCAAAACAUAAAUAGGUACCUGUACGAUCGGAUCUACAAAAAGCUGCGGAAUAAGGACAUAUUGGAACGAAUAAACCUUGACAACGAGAAGAACAAAGAAAAGAAGCUGAAAAACAAGUACAACAGCAUUAUAUACAUAGACGAGCAGGACAAGGUGCUACGGAACAAAUUAUUUAAUGAGUUCAUGGGAGAACGAAGCCUUGAUCAUGAAGCGCCUGUUAGGAGAAAUGGUGAUGAGAUUGAACUGAGUGACAGCUUUAGCGCGGUGUUACCAAACAAAAAAUCGAAAACUGGCGAGGAUAAUAACAGCAGCAGUAGCGACGAGAUUAUGUUCCUUUCUGAUCUGCUCAAGUGAUAGUUAUUGUCAGCGAGGGGGAGUGCUAUCACAUAAGUAAAUCUAAAUAGAAGAUAUUCGGAUAAGCUUGGUUGUUUUCGUGGCGUAUCUGGCAUUGAUACGCAGCGAAUUGUUUUACAGCACGAAAUACGUUCCACUAUUUUUUGUCGAAGUGUGUCCGAGAAGGGGACUGCGUAACGCAGCACGGCUGCAGUGACGCGCAAGCAUAACGAGCAGUUUAGGUGGUGUGUACAGAACCGCGCACCAAAACUUAUUUUUCUGCACCAGGGAAGGGCAACAGCCCCUGCACCGUAUUGUCACGCCCUCUUUGUGCCACAAUAUGCAUGGUUCAUAAUUAUGAGGAGAACUGUCACGUUUUACUUAUAAAAUCCUGUUGAUCAACCGUAGCGUGCAAGCACGCUGUCUCUGAAUGCCUUGAUGUCCUCCAAUGUCCCAAUAUUAUACAGCUCA